AUGCCCGCCCUCGCAUUUGGCCUCAAUGCCGCCAAAUCUCGACCAGGAAUUUCAAAACCAUCUCAAAAGCGUAAAGCAUUCUUCGACGAGGAUGAAGACAUUCCGGAGACCAACGACGUGCCGCAAUAUGGCGCAAAGAAGCCCUCGAAGCCACUGCGACCGAUAACUGGGUUCGGAGAGGACGACGAAGAUGACGAGCCACCUAGGAAAUCACCGCAAGUCUCGCAGCCGGGCCUGCAAAGUGCGAAAGUGAAGGGGACGGGCACAGAAAAAUACACGAACCUGUCGGCGUUGCGUAGUGCAAGGUUACAAGAUGAGGAAGCGGCCAAGAUAGACUCGUCAGUGUACGACUACGAUGCAGCCUACGAGACAUUUCACGCCCCGAAGGAGAAGAAAUCCUCGAGCGAAGAGCAGGAGUUUGUACCGAAAUAUAUGGGCUCACUCCUCCAAAGCGCUGAGGUCCGAAAGCGAGACCAAUUACGGGCGCGAGAAAAGCUGCUCAAGCGUGAAAGAGAUGCUGAAGGGGACGAGUUUGCCGACAAAGAGAAGUUCGUGACAGAGGCGUACAAGAAGCAACAGGAAGAGAUCAAGCGGAUGGAAGAGGAAGAAAAGAAGCGAGAAGAAGCUGAGGAGGAGCGCCGGCGGAAAGGAGGCGGUAUGACAGAUUUCCACAAGAGGGUGCUACAAAAGGACGAAGAGAGAAUGCGGCAGAUCCAACAGGCUGAAGAAGAGGCCGCCCGUAGGAAGGCGAGCGGAGUUCAAGACGAGGAGCAACCGGAAGAGGAGCAGACCGAUGCAAAGAUCGCGGAGGAGCUGAUUCAGAAGGGAGCGCGGAUUGUAGUCAACGACGAGGGCGAAAUUGUCGACAAGAGGCAACUGCUGUCGGCGGGCCUAAACGUUGCGGCGAAGAAACCUGGAAAGGAACAACAGGGCUUAGCGAAACCGGCAUCGGCCCGUCCCCAGGAACACUGGAAAUCAUCCAAGGCGCAGGACUCCCGAGUGGCUCAGCGCGAGAGACAGUCGCGGAUGGUGGAGCGCCAGGUCGAAGAGAUGGCCGCCAAACAGAGAGAGGCUGAGAUGGAAGAAGAAAGAGCUCGGCAAGAAACGAUCAAGAGCAGGCUCACGGAGACUGAUAAGAUGGGUGCCCGGGAAAGGUAUCUGCAGCGCAAGAAGGAAAGGGAAGAGGAGGCGAAGAAGAAAAAGGAAGCGGGUGGGUAG